AUGGCUGCCACGGGCGCCCUGCGCCCCGCCAGGGGGACCGCGGCUGCGGAGGCCACGGAGGAGGCCGCGACGGCACCCGCGGAGCCUGCGCUGCGGGCUGGCGCGCUGCUGCUGUUCGGCUCCGCGGUGCCAGGCCCCUUCCGGGAGGCGAUGGCGGCGUUGGCGGCGGCGGGGCCGCCCGGCUUCCGCGCCCUGCACGUGCUGGGCGCCCGCGACGCGGUGAACCCGCCUGAGGGCGCCCGCGAGGUCGCGGAGGCGCUGGGGGGGUGCGUGCUGGAGCACCCAGGAGGUCACGAUUUGCCCAGCGACCCAUCGAGCGUGCUGGCCUACGCCGAGUUCCUGGCCGGGGAGGCGAGCGCGGGGGACGCGACGCCGGGCCAGGCUUCGAGGACGUCGCCUGAGGAGGUCGCGGCAGGACACAGCUGA